AUGGAAGAACAAGCUGAAAUGGUGGGGAGGGCAUUUGUGGAUCAUUAUUACCAUCUUUUCGACACCGAAAGAGCUUCCCUCUCUUCUCUCUACCAACCAACCUCUAUGUUGAGCUUUGAGGGACAGAAGAUAUUUGGGGUGGAUGAUAUAACUUCAAAGCUUAACCAGUUGCCGUUUGAUCAAUGCAAACAUUUGAUCAGCACCGUUGAUUCACAGCCAUCAUCCCCAACUGGUGGCAUUGUGGUCAUUGUCAGUGGCAGCCUCCAAUUACCAGGGGAAGAACACCACCUAAGAUUCAGCCAGAUGUUCCACUUGAUUCCCACGCCACAAGGAAGCUUCUUUUUGCAGAAUGACAUAUUUCGUCUCAAUUAUGGUUAA